AUGUGGGCCUCGGGGCAGCGCCCUGCGGCGGAAUUAAGAUGCUCAGACGGGGCCCCCGUCCCGCCCUCCACCCGCUUGUCGCCUGCUUGUGCAGGUGAGGUCAGCCCGCAGCCUGCACCGGCCUCUGGGGCCGAGUGCCCCGCCCGCGGCCCGUCUGUGGCCCCAGCCCGUCAUGACCAGCGCCCGGCCCAAGAGCCGUCCCCGGUCCCCCUCGCGGCGCCGCAGCAUCCAGCAGGCGGCUCUCAGAGCCCCAGCCCGUACCAGCCUCUGAGACCGCCCCUGUUGCCCCUCCUGAUGCCGCCAAGCGUGGCCUGGCCUUGCCUGCUGGUGCCAGUGGCGUGA